UGAUGGAAGUAAGUAAUAUCAUUUAUAAAAAUUCAAUUUGAUAUAUAUAUCUAUAUGAAAUACGUGUUUGAUUUUCUAGGUUCAUGGAAGUGCUGAAGAUGAAAUGCCAACAGAAGCUCGUUUUGCUGGUCCACUAGCAGCAGAGAAUGCUGAAUCAUCAACAUCAGCAACAACAGCAGCAGCAACAACAGCAGUACCAACAGCAGUACCAACAACAACAACGACAGCAACAAGCCAUGUAGCUGAUACAUCAUCAAAAUAUUCUGAAGAACAUAUCAAAACAUUGACGAAUUUAGGCAUGUCACGGCAGGAAGCAAUCAAUGCAUUAGAAAUGUCUGGUGGUAAUAUUGACUUGGCAGCUAGUUUAUUAUUUUGAUAUGUAUGGGUUUAGAAAUUUUGUAAACAGGUUGAAUACACUUUUAUUCAAUAAUAAAUGAUGAAAU